GACCGUGGUAUUUCAGUCUACGACUUCCUUUUACUGACAUAGUGUGUGUUAUGAGAUAUAAUCGUCUGUGUCAGAGUUUCACGCGUUUUUCGCUUCGAAAGUGGAACUACAGCAACCUGCUUGUGAAACAUUUGUUCUCAGUCGGUUCGCCCGCAGCACUUGCGUUCUCUCGGCCGGGUUUCACUCCAGAGAUGGCUGCGAAAGUGUGUAGAUCGGUCCUCCUCCUGUCCCGGAGCAGCGGAGCCGUAGCCUCUUCUGCUUUUCCCGCAUUCGGUGUCUCCUCACAGCGACAUCAUCAGAGCACAAGAACGGAGGCGCUGUCCAUUUCACUUGGAGGUCAUCAGACUGUCAGGAGAGCACACGGUCUGAGAACAGGUGCCAGGUCUGCUCUCUUCUGUCACCCCAGUGCCACUCUGACAGCCCAGGGCUGGAAGGGCUCCCCCUCAUGGCAGGGUCAAAGACUACUGUGUUCACCCGCUGCUACAGAAGACGUUACAGUGGUGUAUCAGAACGGCUUGCCGGUGAUCUCCGUACGUCUGCCGUCCCGACGAGAGCGCUGCCAGUUCACCCUCAAACCCUUGAGCGACACGGUGGGUGUUCUCCUUCAGCAGCUGCAGGCGGAGGACAGGGGCAUCGAUAGAGUCGCCAUCUACUCUACAGAUGGAGCAAGAAUAGCAUCCUCAACAGGAAUUGACAUUUUACUUAUGGACAGCUUUAAGCUAGUCAUUAAUGACACAACAUACCUGGUGCAGCCGCCCAGGAGAGAUCUGCUACCACACGAGGAGGCGGAGCGACUGAACGAUGUCAAGCUCCUGGUGCAGCAGCUCUACACCACCCUGCGCAUAGAGGAGCACCAGCUCACCAAAGAGAGAGAGCUGAUUGGACGACUGGAGGGUGGAGUAAAUUCUAAUCUCAGGCCCUUGGAGAAGGUUAAAGAAGAGCUGAGUAAGAAAGCAGAGCGCAGGACUACAUGGGUGCUGUGGGGUGGGAUGGCAUACAUGGCCACACAGUUUGGCAUUCUGGCACGGCUGACCUGGUGGGAGUACUCAUGGGAUAUCAUGGAGCCCGUCACAUAUUUUAUCACCUAUGGUACAGCAAUGGCUAUGUAUGCUUACUUCGUGCUGACACGUCAGGAAUAUAUUUACCCAGACGCCAGGGACAGACAGUACCUUCUGUUCUUUCAUAAGGGAGCGAAGAGAACACGCUUUGACAUUGAGAAGUACAACAAGCUGAAGGAUGCGAUUGCUGAGGCGGAGUUGGAUCUAAAGCGUCUUCGAGACCCGCUGCAGUUGCACCUCCCUGUCCAGCAAAUCAGUGCCAGCGAGGACUGAUGAGAACCUGAAACCCUUUCUUGCCUCUCUCUCUUACUUUAUUCUCUUCUGCCUCUUUGCGUUUUAUUUUUAUCUUUUUGUUUUAUCUCUACAA